AUGGCUCACAAAGUCGUUAGCUCGUACUCACCCAGCGCAAUGUCAUCUCAAGAUGGCAAAGGCGUCAAGAUCCACAACGCCUCACGCGAUGCACAGGCAAAAGGAUUCCGCCUCGAAGAAGCCAACGGCAGUAGUCGUACACAACCACGGAAGCCGCACUUACGACGAGACGAGACGUUCCGGCUUCGAAGGCAGCCGAUGGAAGUAGAGGGCAGCAACUACGCCAGCAGGAGGCUGAGACAAAGCCGAUCGAGUCUCUUUUCUGGGUACGAACGCGAAAGCGGAAGGAUACAAGACCGCACAAACCGCCUUAAGUCUUAG